GCCGUCGUGUGCGGGUCCACUGUCAACAACAUACGAAUUGGGGGGAGCAGGUGAAUGCCGGCAAAACAAACUUUCUGCCCUCGGAGGACCUGCGGACGCGGUGCUGUGGUUUAAAAGUUCCGAGGCGACUGCGUAUCGUCGACAGGAUUUGUUUUGAUCACAAGUCCCCCAGCCUCCAAAAGUGCACCCACUGGACAGUAAGCCAUGACAACCGUCGUGCCCAAACUCUCCAGCGGUGGCCCUGUGAAGAUCCGCAUCACCAGCAUGGACCUGGGCACCACCAGAUGGAAAGAGGGAACUUUUGAGAUCCUGGAGAAGGAGAACAAAGUCAGCCUCUGUAUACGAUUCAACUGUGGCGGCGCUUCCAAAACCUUCCAGCUGAACCAGAACUUGAAGCUGGUGAACCAGAAUCUGAGUCGCAUCAUGCUGACUUUGAAGGACAACAACGUGAUCAUCCUCGACAAGAUUCCACCGACUUUGCUUCAGAAGACUAAAGAAUACCUGGAAAAGCUGAAGCUGGGAAAGACGAGUAACUACACCGCUGCUCGUUUUAAGAAAUUGCAAGUUUUAAAAUCAUCACACGGAAGUGCAAACUUCAGUGUGCUCGGGAACCGCUCCGCCAAAAAUGAGACUAAUCCCUCAGGGGAGCGACAGACGACACCGCGGCGGCAGAGUGCAGAAGGCAGAGACGACACGACGCUGCGAAAGCCCCUCGGCAGCCCGAGCAGAGCCGCCUCCACGCCCACCCGCACCGGACUCUCUGAGAACAGGAGCGAGAAGAGAAAGAGACACCUGACCUCGGAAAGUGACAUGGCUGAGGACUACCCCAAGGAAAAUGACUCGUCCAGCAACAACAAGGCCACGUCGGAUCCAUCCAGGAAGUUUCUAAUGAGCUGCAAAGACAAGCUAAAGCAGGCGGAAGAGAACAGGAGCUCCGCUCCGCUGGGUUCAACUCCCCUUCAGCCAACGUCGUUCUACGGGAGCCGAACGGCGACGAAAGACUACGGCCACUCGUUCUUGGACAGGCCGUCCAGCACAGCUCAGACCCCAACGGCCAAGAGAAGCCUCAUCCUGCCCAAUCACUCCACCCCCUUCAAGAAGGUGCGCACCUCUCUGGACUACGGCGGCUGGAACAAGCAGCGGCCCUCCACCCUGGCCCAGCCCCAGCCCCCACUGCAAGGCUUUUCCAACCUGGGCAACACGUGCUACAUGAACGCCAUCCUGCAGUCGCUCUUCAGCCUCCCGUCCUUCUCCAGCGACAUGCUGCGGCAGAGCAUCCCGUGGAAGAGGUUGCCCAUCAACGCCUUGCUGAGACGCUUUGCUCACCUCAUGGUCAAGAAGGACGUCGGCUGUCCAGAGACGAAGAAGGACCUGCUGCGCAAAGUGAAGAGUGCCAUCUCCUCCACGGCCGAGCGCUUCUCUGGGAACAUGCAGAAUGAUGCUCACGAGUUCCUGAGCCAGUGUCUGGACCAGCUGAAGGACGACGUGGAGAAGAUGAACAAGAGCUGGACCGGCGAAGCCGCGGCGUCCCCGGCGCCGUCGUCGUCCUCCGCGGGCUGUGAGAACGGCGCGGAGGCUACGUCGGCGGCGGCAACCAAGGCGGAGCCGGGCGAGGAGGCGGACACCUCGCGCAUCUACACCUGCCCCGUGGCCGUCAACAUGGAGUUCGAGGUGCAGCACACCAUCACCUGCAAAGGGUGCGGCGAGGUAGUGAACAAGCGGGAGCAGUUCAACGACCUCUCCAUCGACCUACCGCGGCGGAAGAAAACCCUCCCGCUUCGCUCUAUUCAGGAUUCUCUGGAUCUCUUUUUCAGGAUGGAGGAAAUUGAUUACUCGUGUGAAAAGUGCAACGGGAAAUCGGCGACUGUCCUGCAUAAAUUCAGCAAACUGCCCAGGGUGCUCAUCCUCCACCUGAAGCGCUACAGCUUCAACGCCCAGCUGUCCAUGAACAGCAAGCUGGGACAGCAGGUGGUGAUUCCCCGAUACCUGACGCUGCUGUCCCACUGCGCCGAAGCCACGCGGCCGCCCUUAAGCCUCGGCUGGAGCUCCCAAACUGCCAUGUUAAGAACACUCAAAACGUCUCAGUUGGUGAACUCCUCCACGGCCCCUCCUCGACGGAUUGGAGGGAAAGUGGCCAACUCCAGCUGCAGCUCUCUUCUCCUGGACUCCGACUGUGAAGAAGAGAACCGAAAGGCCAUCGCGAGUCGCAAGCGGCGCCUCAGCAGCUGUCCGCCCGACGACGACCGACCGGAAGAGAGAGGAGCAUCUGUGGAGUCGGCAGACUUCGGCGGCAUAAACGAUGACGAGAUGCUGGCAGCCGUGCUGGAGAUGAGUCGCCAAGAGGUCAGGCUCUCGGCUCCGCCUUCCCUCCUGGAGGACGAGCCGACCAGCAGCCCGGACACGGGCUUUGGCGACUCAGACGCCCAGGACCUGGCCUACCACACCGAUCUGCUGGAAACGGACAGCAAACAGCCUUCAGAUGUGCUGGACUCCCUGGACUUGACCAUGGACGAGAACAAGGAGAACCAGACUCCAGAGGGCGUGCAGCAGCCGCAGGGUGAACUGGACUGGGUCCAGCAGUACAGUCUGGACCAGGAGAAGGAAGAACAGGAGCUGGAGCAGGCCCUGGCUCAGAGCCUCCAGGAGCACGAGGCCCAAGAGUUGAGAGACGAUGACGACUUGAAGAGGGCCACUGAGCUCAGUUUGCAAGAAUUUAACAACUCUCUGCCUGAGUUGCUGUGCUCGGACGAAGACUCUGGCAACGAGGACGUGCUGGACAUGGAGUACACGGACGCGGAGGCUGAGAACCUGAAGAGGAACGCUGAGAGCGGAGACUCGGCCAACUCUUUUCGACUCAUCAGUGUCGUCAGUCACAUCGGGAACAGCUCCUCCUCUGGCCAUUACAUCAGCGACGUGUACGACAUGAAGAAGCAGUCGUGGCUGACCUACAACGACCUGGACGUGUCGCGCACGCAGGAGGCCGCCGUGCAGCGGGACCGCGACUGCAGCGGCUACAUCUUCUUCUACAUGCACAAGGACGUGUUUGAGCAGCUGUCUGAAAUGGAGCGAUCUGGAGUCGGCGCCACUGCAGAGGCGGCGAGGAACGUCCUGCAGCCCCUCUGAGCCCCCCCCAGCUCCCCUCUGAACAAACUCGAGUACUACUGUUCGCCGUACUUUUUUUGGCGGCGUCUCCGGGAACUUCUUUUCCUCUCUCUCAAACGCUCAAUGGCCCCCCCGCUAACUUAUCACCUGUGAAUACCAACGCGGGUACUAAACUUGUGGAGACUCUUUAAGAUAUCAAGAAAUGGAGUAAACAAAAAAAAAGUUCAGUGGAUUAAAUUCUGCCUCCAUGUUUUCGGGGGCUGGAGUUUUUCCUUUGCUUUGAUUUUUAAUCAAACAACUGUUUUGUAAAGUUUUCUUUCUUUUCUUUACACACUACUUCCAACUUUAAAAGCCGUUCACUUAAAAUGCAACUACCGGGACACCAGAUGCUACUGGCCUGUCAUGGAUUGUAUGUUUUUGCAGACCCUUUAUUUACCAUAUAAACUAAAUAAAGAUAUAUUCUAUGUUGGAGUAUAAGCUAUUAUAGAGUUAGGGGGGGUGUUGUAUUUAGCGGGUACAUUUGGUGCAAUAUUUAUGUUCUGGCGCAAACUGGCCAAUUCAAAACUCAGCUUUCUGUCAGAGCGUGUGGAUGUUUUUCAAAGUUUUCUGUGCUUGACUUAUAAACUUAAUUUGUGUGUGUGUGGUCGUCUCCAUAUUAUAGAUUUUUAAAAGAUCUGUAAGCUUAACGACAAAAGCCACUUUUAUUUUUUUUACUGAGCUUUUCUCAGUAGACUACCUUUUAUUCUUUUGGGAUUUUGACUUUCUGCCUCCCAAAAAAAACUUUUAUAAAUAUAUAUAUAUAUACAAGCUUUACUUUGAAAUUUGUGCAACCUCCUUGCUCUUGACUGUUUGUGCAAGUACGAUUUUUUUCUUUUCUUUAUAAAAAGCCAACAGAUUUUCUAUUUAUUGCAGCAUAGGGUUGAUAUGUGAAUCAACUUGUCAACAUACGCCAUUGCAAGAAGAAGUAAUUUAUACUGGACCACCAGGACGGCUCGCUUCAGCCUUUGAAUUCUCCAUAUUUACGGCCAGUAUUCAGUCUUCGACACGUCGACCUCCGCUAGCCCUGUUCAACUAGUCCAUCGGGCGCUUUGCUUGUGUACCAGACGCUGGUUGUUCAGCUUUUUGUUUUGUUACCACUGUAAAAAUGUAAUCACUUUUCAGUACACCGUGAUUAAUGUGCAAUGUUGAACACACUCAGACCACAUCAAAUUAUUUCCUUAACUCUUCUCAAACAGAAAAUAUAUAUAUAUCAUAGUGUUGUAAAACAUGGGUAAUAAAAAUAAAACAUCUUGAA